UGGACGGAUUGGGCUACAUUGGUCCAGCACAGUCUCUUGAAUCGCAGACCCAGACUCUCCAGGUCUUUUUAUCCCCGGGCGCAGUGAGUUUUUCCCCAAUUGUUUUCGGGCGCCGUCCUGGACUGACCGGUGUUUUUCUUUUUUUCCUUCCCACCAGGGCAGCCCAGUUGAUUUCUUUCUCGCCUUCCCUCACUUUCCAACGCCAUGUCCGGUACCUUCUCUUUCGGCGCUCCUGCCUCUAGCGGAGGCUCUGGUGGUGGUCUUUUUGGUUCUGCCAACGCCAGCAACCCUUUUGGUUCCAAUCAGAGUAGCUCCAACACCGGUUCGGGAGGUGGUCUCUUUGGAAAUGUAGGAGCGUCGACUACCAGCGGCAGCUCGACGCCUUCGCUUUUCGGAACAGCUCCUGCAGCAGGAAAGAGCUCCCCUUCGCCCUUUGGUACUGGUGCCGCUGGCAGCAGCACUCCUACGUCCGGAUUUAGUUUCGGUGGUGGUCAGAACCAGUCGGGUGCUGCUACUCCGUCCUUGUUUGGCACCGCAUCCCAGACCCCCAAGUCGAAUGAAGCUUCUUCAGGCCAGACAAGCACUGGCGGACUCUUUGGAAAUGCCGCGAAACCUGCAGGUGGUAGUCUGUUCGGCAGCGCGGCCACUCCUGCCCCAUCUGGCGGGAGCCUAUUCGGAAACACUUCCACCACACCUGCUGGCCCUCCACCCCAGGGAUCUUCUGCUCCUCAGGGACAAUCACUGUUUGGCCAGACUGCGCAGAAACCGGGCGGUCUCUUUGGAGGCUUGAACACGGGCUCUGCAGCUUCAACGACUCCACCUUCGACUGCGACAACUUCUUCUACUACACCAUCGCUCCUUGGGGGAGCCUCCCAGCCGCAGUCGACCGGCGGUCUCUUCGGUUCGACCACACCAGCACAACAAAAGCCACUAUUCGGCGCAGCGCCUUCAGCACCAGCGGCACCAGCAGCACCUAGUGCAGGCGGUUUGUUUGGAGCUGCCAGCAGCAAGCCGGCGGAGUCGACAACCCCCACGACUACUGCGGACAGCGCUGCCAAACCACUAUUUGGAGCCGCAGCCCCUGCAGCCGGGGGUGCACAAAGCACUCAGGCGUCUUCGCUCUUCAAAAUGCCAUCUGCUGGUGCUGACACCGCGGCAAAACCUGCCUUCCCUUCCCUCGGCGCUCCCACGACCACAACCACUACUCAACCCUCAUCCGCAACUCCUGCCACAUCGAAUGCUACCCCACAAAAGUCUCUGUUCCCUGCCAUCGGGGGCACCACAUCCUCUGCCACCCCAUCAUCUACACCUGCAGCAGCUCCCUCAGGAGGCUUGUUCUCCGGUCUUGGUGCCGCAAAGUCUACAGCGACAGCCGCUCCGGGUACCGCAGCCACCGCGGCCCCUACACAGCCUGCAGCACCCGCUGGUGGGCUUUUUGGGAAGCCUGCUGAAGCAGCGCCAUCUACACAGGCCCCAAGCACCACCGCUACCACUGCUGAAUCCUCUACAGCUCCUAAACCAACACUUGGAGCCCCAUCAACCACAUCCACGACAACGGGUACAGCAACGACAUCGGCAACCGGAGCUACUGGCCUUGCUGCAUCGACAGCUGGUCCGACACCCCCCGCGCAGUCUCGCCUAAAGAACAAGACAAUGGAUGAAAUCAUCACCAGAUGGGCUACUGAUUUGACCAAAUACCAGAAGGAUUUCCGGGAGCAGGCCGAGAAGGUCGCUGAUUGGGAUCGUAUGUUGGUGGAAAAUGGCACCAAGGUCCAGAAAUUGUAUGGCAGUACUGUCGAUGCGGAACGUGCCACUCAAGAAGUCGAACGCCAGCUUGCAUCCGUGGAAGGACAGCAGGAGGAGCUGAGUUCGUGGCUCGAUAGAUAUGAGCGCGAAGUGGAUGAGAUGAUGUCGAAACAAGUCGGGCCUGGCGAGGCUCUGCAGGGACCUGACCAGGAGCGUGAAAGAACAUAUAAAAUGGCCGAGAAGCUGUCAGAGCGCUUGGACGAGAUGGGCAAGGAUCUGACUAGCAUGAUUGAAGAGGUCAACGGCGCCUCUUCUACUCUCAGCAAGACAAACAAAGCCGAUGAGCCUAUCUCACAAAUUGUCCGCAUCCUCAACUCGCAUCUGUCCCAGCUGCAGGUUAUCGAUCAGGGUACGUCCGAGCUGCAGGCCAAGGUCAGUGCGGCCCAAAAGAGCGGCCAGACUCUCUCUUCCCGAUUUGGCAAUGGCUUUAGCAGCUCCGGAAUGGGUGUUGGAGGCAAUGCCGCUGAUGAUUUCUACCGCUCGUACAUGGGACGGCGGUAAAAAGGUGCGGCGUAUGGUUUUUAAUGACGAGGAGAAAGGGAUUUAUCUAGAUGAUUGGUAUGGCAAUUGUAUUAUCGACGUUAAGAAAGUAAUUUACCCGAGGGUAUUUGUUUUAUCUUUUUUGGGAGGCCUUGAGUUCUUGAUUUCCGACUUUGCUCUGAAUUAAAACUUGUAUACUGUAGGCAUAGUAAUGUGAUGCGAAUGAUGGGAAAACCAACAAUGAAUACGAUAGCAUGCACUAGCAUGUCUUACUAACACGAAAACUGUAUCAGAUGGAAAGAGGGUAGGAGAAUGGAGAGUGUCUAGAAUUGAUUAUAUUGAGAGAAGACCAUAUUACGUUCAUUAAAUCAAAGGAGCUGGCCCGCUAUGUCGAAUAUAAUACAGGGGCUGGAAUGGGGAGCUUAGUUCUGUUCACCACCUUGUUCCUUGGUAAGUUCGUCA